CUCAGCGCCGACCCGGGCGUGCAGGACGCCAUGGCGCGCGGCGCCGAGCUGCAGCUCAACGACUCGACGAGUUACUUUUGGGAGCGGGCCGGGGACAUCCUCCGGUCCGACUUUGUGCCCAACGAGCAGGACAUCCUCCGCGCACGCGUGCGUACCACUGGCAUCGUGCAGCAGAACUUCGCCAUCGACGGCCGGCGGUACACCAUGUUUGACGUGGGCGGCCAGCGCAACGAGCGGCGCAAGUGGAUCCACGUCUUUGACGGCGUGACUGCAAUCAUCUUUGUGACGGCUCUCUCCGAGUUUGACCAGGUGCUCUUUGAGGACGAGACCAUCAACCGGAUGGACGAGGCGCUGCUCCUCUUUGAACAGAUCCUUGGGCACAAGUCCUUCCGCAACACCUCGAUCAUUCUCUUCCUCAACAAGCGCGACCUCUUCGAGGAGAAGCUGAAGCGAGGCGUGCCGCUGACCGCAUGGGACAAGGACUACUCGGGUGGCAACGACUACCACACAGCUCUCGACCACGUCAAGGCGCGAUUUCUUGCGCUCAACAAGCGGCCCGAGCAGCGCCAGAUCUACGCACACGCCACGUGCGCCACCGACACGGACAACGUCCAGUUCGUGAUGGCGUCAGUUUUCGACAUCAUCCUCAAGGAGAAUCUGCGC